CUCAGUACCUUGUGGAGACAAUUAACAAUGCUGCUGAAAAUGUAACUGACAUCUCUUGUUUCACACAAGCUUUGCUUAGAGCAUAUAAAAGUAUGCUGGAAAAAGUUGAAUGCCAUGUUGUAAAUAUUACUAAGCUGAUGACCAAGACGGAGAAUCUGCCUGCAGAGGAAGUCUUUCUCUUGAAAUUUCUAGAAGUUCUCCAAAAGUGCCUGAGAGAAGUUAUUGAGCCAGAAUAUGGACAAGAGAUCACAAACAUAGAGAAAAAGUGCUUUGAGGUCUUAUUAACAGUCGCAACACCAAAUUAUAAUGAAGAAGCAUAUUCGGAACUGAUCUGUAGACUUUUGAGGGUUGUCCAGUCUGGCCUAUGGAAGCCAAAUGAAGCUAUGGAUUUAAUGUAUAAAUUAACAAAGAGCUGUAAUGAUCCUGUCCUUCUAACAAAGGUGCUCCAUCUGAUUGAAAUCUACCGUGUCCCUCCAACCUGGCAGGAUGAAGAUGGUAAAAAGAUCACUGACCACCUUGAAACAGAUAUUCUCUAUCAAAAACUUGAGGAGGACUUGAAAAGAGAACCACAAAAACCACUUGAAAUUGUUCUGGAGGAAAUUAAAAAGACAGGAAGCAUUGACAUUCAAACUCUUGACAAGGUACACUGCAUUGUUGCAGGUGUCCAAAAAAAGAUUGCUGCCCUUCCAAUCAGUGAACGUGAAUUGCUUGAAGAUAUACCAAGAAGCUCCUUGAGUGCAAGUAAAAAUGUGGAUGAACUUCAAAGGAUUUUAUUCAUUCUUGCAAAGGGGUUUAUAAAAUGAAUAAAUACUUUCCAAGGGUGACUCAAAUGGUCACUUGGUGUCUGUUGGCCCUGUCAGAAUACAGUAAAUUACUUGAGGUUGGCACUGGAGAAGGGAAAUCAUGCAUCAUAGCCAUGUUUGCGGCCAUGCGAGUGUUGAUGGGACAAAAAGUGGAUGUUGUUUCCAGUUC